AGCAGGCGGCGGCUUGGUCAUUCUACUGGUGGACUGUGCUUACUCCCGACCGUCUCAGCCAGCCGCUGCGCCAGCCUCUUGCUCGACCCAUAAAGAGCGCAUCCGCAAGCAUGCCGUCCGAGAAGCACUGGCAGCAAUCGUCUCUUUUCGACGCCCUCCAGGCCGAAUUCUCUCCUCCCCUGGAUAGUUCCCUCAUUGCAGCGAUCAUCGCAGACUACGACCUUUCUACCGCGAAUGACCAGAUCCAGCCUCUCCGAGACGUCCUCUCCCAACUGGCGGCCCAGGCAGAGAAGGAGCUCGUCGAUGAAGACAUCCUAUCCGAACAGCUCUCCAAUGUCCAAAUCUCAUCCUAUUCGAUCACCGACGACACUACCAGCUCGCACGACCUUUUCUCGCCCCAGUCCAGCAACACCGCCUCGAGCUCUACUUCCGACUCUUCGAGUCAGCACUCGUUCACGGCAUUUCCUCAUGUACCAACUUCCAAGCUCCGGAGUGCACUUAGUAAUGCGGAUGACACUGAAUCCCUUGACAUGGAGUCCGUUGUGGAGGGCCUGCUCUCUAGUGAGUACGUACGAGAGCUCGAGGAGCGCGGACUGGAUGGCUUGGAAGGCGAAGAGAUAGACGAGGCAGACUGGAUCACUGUAGAUGGCAAACGCAAGAAGCCAAAGCAGAAGCGCGGAACCACAUUCACUCUUGUGGAUAUUCGUCAGAAGCAGCACGAGCGACCGUCACCAGCUUCGCCCCGCGCUGCUCCGCCCGACCCGUGGACUCAGCUAUCAUCUGUUGCUCUCUGCCUUCCACUCUCCCGAAUAUCCUCGCCGGCCAAGGCGCUGCCUUCGUCGUCACAAUCAGAGCCGGACAUGCACUCCGAACAUACUUCCAUGCUGUUCGCCAUGUUCGACGUCCUCCGCGCGUCCCCCGAGUACGUCGAGCUGAAAGUGGAGGAGCGCGACCAAGUCAUGGAGGACGGGCAACUCGCCUUGAAGGCGACGCACGGGCAACCGGACCGCGCCAUAGACCUCGUAUGGCUCCUCCGAGAGCUCGAGCACGACUCCACUUCAGGCGAGUAUGACUGGGGCGUGUACCACUCACCUGCGCCAGCCCGCCUCCCCCGCCCCGAACGUCGUCAGUCCCGCUCGGUACAACUCCCAACCGGUCCCCCGCCGUCGGCCCUCCCCCACGCGGGCGCGCCACCUCGCCCGUCAGCCACCUCCAGAAGCGCAACUCGACGCCGCCCCGAAUGUCUGGAAGACCAUCCCGCAGCGGCAGCCCACGGGGCCGCACCCGCUCGCGGCGUCCAUCCCUGCGUACCGCAAGAAGUGCGCGGGAGCGGGAACGGGCUGGGGAAGGGUGGCAAGGGCGACGUCGGCGAGCUCGCGGUGAAGUGGAACCACACGAGGCGCGCGCGCGGCUUGAUGGCGGAGCGGCAGGAGAUGCUGAGGAAGGCGGGGCGCGCGUGGCAGACGGGGAACGCGAAGACGCACGGAGGGAGGGCGCGCGAGCUCCAGCAGCAGGCGAGGAAGGAGCAGCUGGAUGCGGCGAGAGAGAUGGUCCAGGCGAAACGCGAAACCCCUGCGGAUAUCACCGGGCGGGGGAUGCACUCGCGAACGGCAUCGGCGUCUGGGUCCGCCGUCAGGAGCGCGCUGGAAGAGGACGGCUGGGUUGUCCGCAAAUACGAUGGCGGCCUCGUCAUCAGCGGCAGAAACGCGUGGCGAUCCUGACGUCCCAUCCAACACAUCAUUUUCUUAUGUUCCGUGACGCAUAUCCUAUACGACCUCUUGCAUAUUCCUUUGACCAGGAUCUUGUUUGUCUUCCAUACUUACUGUAGUUUCUCCUCUGGGUUCCGGAUCGACGAU